UGAUAACGCUGGCAAUUAGCAGAACAAAUUUUAGUCUCUCUCAAUGGGAGUUAACGGCGUACAACAAGACGGGAGAUAAGCAAUGUGGACAAUUUUUUGAAAUAUGCUCGAGCGGCAGCAGCUCGUUGGAUCCCGCAGAGACGUCCUGUCCCCGGAUAUCAGAGUCGAGAGACCCAGGGUUUGUUCGAGCCAGCAUUUACGGUAAGACACGCUGAAUUAUUUCAAGACUAUUCACAAACGUACAUGUAUUACCAAAGGAGAGAUCGUGUUAACGGAGUGGGUAAUUUAUUUACCAGAAGAAAAUACCGUUAUUGCCAGAGCCUAGCUAGGUUUAGAGCUUGACCAAUGCUUGAACAAUAGCUGCUUUCAACAGCUCUCAGAGUAUACCGUAACUUCUGUCCCCAACGGAGACAAUGAGAUUAUGUCUUCGUAAGGAGGUCACGUAAGGAGGUCUCAAAAGGAGGUCUCGAUAAAUUGGUCUCGUCCCACUGGUCUAGUUACAGUGAUCCGUGAGAGGCAUGUUAUUGAAUUAUAAAACUUUAACUGCCAACUAUAGACCCUGUGGUGUGUAGAAGUGAGUACUAUGUGGUAAGGGUUGUUAGCAUGUAGGGGUAAGUACUAUGUGGUAGGUGUUGUAAACUGUGGUGUGUAGAGGUAAGUACUAUGUGGUAUGUGUUGCUAACCAAAAAAAAAAAAAACCCAUCCCCAGACGUUUAUUCAAAUACAAUAUUUCAAAUUAUUGUAUGUAGGCCAAUAUUUUCAAGAUGCCCCAGCUACUAGUCCAAGAGAUGCCCAAAGCGUUUAGAGUCAUGGUGCCCUUCCAGCAUUCAGGUUUCCCCAAGGCGCCCUUGGUGAAAUCUAAAAAAAAAAAUUGCACUGAGUAAUAGCGUAUCCAUUUUUUGUCACAUUAAUUCUCACUGUUGAGUAAUAAUCGCUCCAAUAACUGAAACUACAAAGGAGGCGAGAGCCUUCAAUGACUUCUCUUGUCAUAGUCACAACAACAUUCACACUCAUUUGAUACAAUCCCCGAAUAUUUAUUCAACACAAGGACUGCUGGAAACCGACAGUCCCCUUUUUUUUUAUAUCCGAAAGCAAUCGAUAAACUUAAUAAUUACAGAACGCCAUCUUGUACCCUUUUGUAAACGCGUCCGUAAAUAUUUAUGACUACGUUCCCGUAAACAUUUAUGUCUAGCUUCAAGCAAACAUUUAUGUCUAAGCUACUGCAAACAUUUAUGACCAAGUUCCUGUAAACAUGUAUGACUAAGUUCCCGCAAACAUUAAUUAUAAAUAAGAUCCCUCAAACAUUUAUGACUAGGUUCCCUCAAACAUCUAUGUCUAAGUUCCCGCAAAGAUUUAUGAACAAUUUCUUAAAAAAUUUAUGACUAAGUUCCCGCAAAAAUUAAUUAUAAAUAAGAUCCCUCAAACAUUUAUGAAUAGCUUCCCGCAAACAAUAAUGACUAAGUUCACUCAAACAUUUAUGACUAAGAUUCCACAAACGUGUAUGACUAAGUUCCCGCAAAAUUUUAUGAGUAAGAUCCCGCAAACGUUUAUGACUAGGUGGGUUACUGGCUUGCGUCAAGUCCUCUAGAUGUCGCGUAAUAUUACAUUCAGACAUUCCUCGCGGUGCCCCUGCGAGGAAGUCGAGGCUUCUUUGGAUGCCCCAGCACCCAAGUUUUUGAACCUCUGAAUCAGUUUUAAACUUUACCACCCACCCCCACCCCAACCCCUACUUUCAUAGACAGCUGAGUAGAAAUAUCAAAUUGACUUCUGACAACACCUGGACAUUUGGUUUUCAAUAUGUUUAGUUAUGGUCAGGUUCUAUUGGCCAUGUAGGGUCGUGGGGGUGGCAGGGGGUGGGAAGGGGUCAGGUUGGCAAUGUGGAACAACGGAAAGACGAUCGAUCCAAUUAUGUUCAUGUCACACAAUGUCACACGCAAACAGCUCUCCGAGAAAGGCGAAUAGUGCCAGCUAAACCAUUUUAACACUACAGGUUCACAAGAGGGGGAAACGGAGACAAGUGUAAGGGAAAUAUAGCAAGAGGAUUACCGCCUCGGGGUAAGACUACUAACUUGUAUGUGUAUAAAUAUAUAUGUAUAAAUAUAUGUAUUGCACGCGUAUUUUACAUCUUAAGAAAUUAGUCCUCUCAAGUUAAGAUUAGAAUACAUAUGUAUAAGACGCGUGACGUCACAAGGUAAGCUCAUUUGGCUAUACGAAGAGACCUGCUGAAACAAAUAAGAAUGGUAAAGGUAAGUGUAAAUAGCAAGACAUGUGUUGUCUCGGUGUAAGAAUAGCUUACGUUUCUAUAGCAUGAUAUGUGCCGGAUGUUGGUGACAAAACUAGGCUUAUAAAAAUAUAACUAAAAUGGAGUUACAUAGUUAGUUCGCUAGCCACGGCAAGAAUUUGAGAUUAUAUUUUUAACGCGGGAUGAAAAAAAAGGACUAUUGUUGUUGAUUUAACACACAUACAAACACACACAAAGAAAUACACACACUCAAAACUGUCUGCCGGAUACAGGGAAGGAUGUCUGCCGGAAAUAGGGAAGGAUGUCUGCCGGAAACAGGGAAGGACGUCUUCCAAAAACAGGGAAGAAUGUCUGCCGGAAACAGGGAAGGAUGUCUGCCGGAAACAGGAAAGGAUUAUGUCUGCCGGAAACAGGGAAGGAUGUCUGCUGGAAACAGGGAACGAUGAUGUCUGCCGGAAACAGGGAAGGAUGUCUGCCGGAAACAGGGAACGAUGUCUGCUGGAAACAGGGAAAGUUGUCUGCCGGAAACAGGGAAAGUUGUCUGCCGGAAACAGGGAAAAAGAUCACACGACUAGCAGUGCUGUGGUGGAAUAGGACUCGCAGUAUCGGGACAGUAUCGGGGGUUGAUGACGAUUACGUAUCCGAAUCGGGAUUCGCUUUACAUACUCACCAGGAAGAGAUGUAAAUGAAAUAUUUUACAUGGUACUUGUGGAGUCGUAUAACACAGCUACAUUAAUUGUGUUUCCGGAGAUUGGUGCGUUUAAACACAAUAUUCGACUCUUCAGCCGAUUCUUCAACCGCGCUAGAUACUCAUUUAUGGUAUUAUGUAAAUCUGAUUUGAGAGGAUAUGGGGGUGGGGGGUGUGGGGGGGAAGAACAUGUGAUGUAUGAACUAUUUAGGAGGUUGGUGUGUCUUGUGAAAGUGAUGUGGCCAGUCGUUCAAUUUCCGGUGGAAUCAUAAUGCAUGCAGUCAUGUAUGAAUCAGAGGUGGUAGCUAUAAUGCAUGUAUUUUCUUGACUGUAAGACGAAAAGUAAUAAGCCUCGCAUCCAACAGUGUGAAGCCUCACAAAAUGCCUCACAUCCAACGUUGUGAAGCCUCACAUGAAGCCUCACAUCUAACGUUGUGAAGCCUCACUUCCAACGUUGUGAAGCCUCACAUCCAAACUUGUUAAGCCUCACAUGAAGCCUCACAUCCAACGUUGUGAACCUCACAUCCAACGUUGUGAAGCCUCACAUGAAGCCUCACUUCCAACGUUGUGAAGCCUCACAUGAAGCCUCACAUCCAACAUUGUGAAGCCCGGGUAAAAUGCAAAAUAAUAAAUGUAUCGUAAUCGUGUAGAUCAGUAGCUCUAAAAGUGUUGUCAAGGCGGCGGCCACGGGCUUUGACAAUGUUUGGGGCGCUGGAACCAUCAUAGAGGGGGAGGGUGAACAUUAAAUUGGGCAAGCGUUAUUUAAUUAAAUUUAUAUAUAUUCAGACCCCAUAUAUUAUGGUUUUGAGAACCGGUGACAAGGAAGAGUCGAUAAAAGUUAUAUUUUUGUAACACGAAGAAGAGAAAAGACCGUUUUGGUAGAAAUCUAAAUAAAAGAUAUAGGAACUUUUGAUAAUUAAUUAUAAUUAUCUUACCAUGGUACAGCUUGAGUAAAUUAUUCAACGUAUAAUUAUGUGAUUAAAAUAAUAAAAAUGCGAUAGUUUUCUGCUGAAAUUUUCAAAUAUAUGUUACAAACUGAAAUGUCAUUUGUAAUUGUCUUCCCCCAAAAAGGGUCUCUUGAAAAACAUAUUCUUAAUAUGCGUAUAAUUGGGUUUGGCAAGUGGGGUGAGUUUAUCGGGCCGAGAGGUGGUAGGUGGGCAGAAAAUCGAUGAGAUCCACUGCUGUAGAUGUUACCCCCUAAAAUUAUGCUACGCAAGGACAAUGACUCCGGGCAGGUAGGGCGGGAGUGGGUGCAGGUUUGAUACACAAAAGGCAAUUUGAUUUUUUUAUACCCAACCUUCGUGUCUUAUGAAUACUUCCAGUGCUGAAAUUAAAACCAAUGGGGGCCCCUAAAGCUCCCCAUAUGCGUACCAAGAUCAAAUAAAGCCCUUGAUCCCAAACAAAAAUAAUUAGAUCCCUUGUCGUGGGGUCACUAAAAGGCGAAGGGUUAGCUGCUCAUUCGCCUUUGUACUGAGUAUUUUGCUAAUAUGUCACAGCCACACUGCAAACUUUAAAAAUAAAUUUUAAAGAAUUUACUGACAGAUUCGUAUAAGAAUGGUUGAGAAAUCAAGGUACAGCUUAGCACCGCCUCCACCAUACAUUUCUAAUACAACUUAGUACUGCCUCCAACCAUACAUUUCUAUUACAACUUAGUACUGCCUCCAACCAUACAUUUCUAAUACAACUUAGUACUGCCUCCAACCAUAUAUUUCUCAUAUAACUUAGUACUGCAUCCAACCAUACAGUUCUAAUACAACUUAGUACUGCCCCAACCAUAUAUUUCUAAUAUAACUUAGUACUGCAUCCAACCAUACAGUUCUAUUACAGCUUAGCACCGUCUCAAACCAUACAUUUCUAACACGAGAAAAUAAUAUUGUGUCAUUAUGGAAUAUUUGCCAAAGAAACUCUCCCAAAUUAAGUGACAUGUUAUUGUUUUGUAGAAGAGUCCCUUGGGUCAACAGAGGAGGGCGGUUCCUGUGUAAGGCAUUACUAUGCGAGGUAAUGAAAAGCCCGCAUAAUAUGAUUUCUGAAAGUUUAAAAAGCUUAACAGAUUUUUUUAUUAUUAUUUAUUUCAGCAUCAUGUCCUUCUGUGCAUGUGUCAUCUUAAUCGCAGUGCUGGUAGCUGCUGUUAUGGUGGGCGUGGCACAAUCAGACGUGAACGAUAACAAUUAUGAACAAGGUCCAUGAUAUAAUAUGUUUGUGUGUUGUUGUUUUUGUUUUAGCCUGUAGUAUUUGUGUAAAAGCAUUCUGAGGUAAAAAAAAAACAUCAAAAGAAACAUGAGAUAUGCUCUGAUGAACAUACCAACCCCAGAGAAUAAUGGCAUAAUGUUAUGAUGCAUAUGUCAGAUCCAGACACUAGUGACAUAAUGUUAUGAUGAACGUGGCAAAUCCUGAGACUAAUGACAUAGCGGUAGAAUCUCCGUCUCAGAUAUGACUUUUAGCCAUAGUAAGCUACAUUUUAAUUGCAGUAAUUACGAUAGGUAACUGGCAGCUGAUUACCCAUAUGUUAUCGUUAAAAGUAAGGCCGUUUUACCAAUAUAUUAUUAACAGUAUAACAUGUUCGCACAGAUCCCACUUACUGGCACAACAUGGCCCAGAAGGAGCUGGAGGACACAUUAAGGGAACGGCCCAGGGGCGUGGCUAAAAAUGUGAUAUUCUUUCUGGGGGAUGGCAUGGGCCCAACCACCGUGACCGCGGCCAGAAUUCUGGCUGGUCAGCUACUUGGCUUCAAGGGAGAAGAGCAAAAACUAAGUUUUGACAAGUUCCCCUUCACUGGACUGUCCAGGGUAAGAUGGGUUUUCAAACAGUUAAUGCUGUUAAAAUAGUUUUCUGUUCAGAGUCCGACAAUCCCGAUACCAUUAUACUGUGACAUGCAAUUCGGACCAACCAGUAAACUCCAUGCCCUGGGUCUCAUGGUGUAAUUUUGGGGCCUAAAACUACUUACACAUUUUUUAUGCCGUCCUAGAAUUGUCAUUCUUUGGUAUUUAAUUUUUUUUUUUUUAAUUUAUAAAAUGGAUUUUUUUUACUUGGAAGAAUCCAAAACUUUAUUGUAAUCCAAUUCAUAAAAAUUAAAUCUUAAGAAAUGUAUUUUAAGACUUAAGCUCUGAACAAUGCGUAAAAAUACUAUGGUUACGUGUGAAGGCUGUCUCAUAUAUGGGGUAAACCUGGGGCUCACAUAUAUAAGCGAUAAAGAUUCGAAAAAAAGCUACUUUUUUUAAGGUUGGAGGGUGGGGGUUGAGGUAUAGAAAGGACCAUAGGGAGGAAAAAAAAUAAAAUAGAGAGUGAGACAAGGGGUGAGUGAUAUAAAGAUAGUUAGAGGGAGAUAGAGAGACGUGUCUUUAGAUCAGCGGUCCUCAACCUGUCGGUCGCGACCCCUUUAGGGGGCGAGCGACUCUUACACAAGGUUCGCCUAAGACCAUUGGAAAACACAUUUAUGAAGUAGCAACGAAAAUAAUGUUACGUUUGGUGGUCACCACAACAUGAGGAACUGUAUAAUAGGGUCGCGGCUUUAGGAAGGUUGAGAAACGCUGCCUUACAUGUUACGUGGCUUAAUUAAAUUUCGUCACAGACGUACAACGUUGACCACCAAAUCACCGACUCAGCAGCCUCUGGCACGGCUUACCUGACGGGCGUGAAGACGAACCAGGGCCUACUAGGGCUCAGUGGCGCCGCCAUAAGGAAGCGCUGCAAUUCAACAGAGGGUGCCCACGUCGACUCCAUCCUCCGAUGGUCGCUAAAUGCAGGUUAAAAACACAAUAAUAUUAAAUGUGGAUCUCACAAGAUAAUGUCUCAAUAGCUAAUGUGGCCGUGGAUGUAGUUAAAAAUUACGAUUCCGAAAUGGAGCAAAAGAAAUAUAAAUAUAAAACACGGGGCAGGGGGAAAAAUUAACAAAGACGUUUCAGUUUAAAAUCCUGAGACAUGAUACACAAGACCUCAGAAUAAAACAACGUAGUUCUGAGUUGACCGGAUAUUAUUCAAAAACAAGCUAGGAGGAAAUCUUUUAUAUGGAAUCAUGUAAUCAAGCCUAAGAAUUUUGGGGAUAUGAUUAUUCUCUGUUAUAAUUUAUUCUCUGUUUAAACUGACCACUGCCCUCUCAAUAUCAUGGCACACUAAAAUAAAUUAACUUCACUAAAUGGCCUCUUGAUAUUAUUUAUUUUAAAAGUGAGACUUGCAAAUGGUGCAUCGAAUUAUUUUAUUUUUUUCAAUUUUAGUGUCAAGAGUUAUUUUUUAGUUGUUGUUAGCACGUCGAUUUUUGUAAAAAAAAUCCUCUUUUCCUUCUUCGAUUACGAUUCUGAAGACCUGCUAAAAUUCACACACACAUAAAUGUGUACAUUUGCAGCACAACACGCUUAUAGGUUCAUUAAAUCUAUGUACAUUUACUUUGAAAAACAGAAAUACUUUGGGGAAAAAAUACGUUGUGUUAAUUUUCUUUCUUUUUUUUUUUUAUACUAGCUUUUGUUUGUAGAAAAUGUUAAAAUUAUGCCAAUAGCCUAAAAUGCCACUUUACUGUAAUGAAUUUUUUUCCCCUCGUAAAAUGUAUCUGGACUGAAUGUAAUAAGAGACAUGUCUCGAAUAAAACUGACAGGAAUUUUAGGAGAAAUGCAACAAUGACUGUAUCCUAAUGGACUUAACCACUGUUUUAUCUGCAUUCUCCCUCUUCCCUUUUUUAAAAUAAGCGAACAACAAUAAAAAUUCGGGCUCUGCAUCCAAGGCUGGCCAUCUCCCGUAGCGAAGAAGUCCAUAACCACGACAAACAGACAGACAGACAAGCAGGCAUACCCCACACAAGUCAAGUUGAAAACGUAUCAAACAUGUGUCCAAUGUUUGACGGUUUUACUUUGGUUGCGGGGCGCUCUUGUGUACCCCAACGACACUUUACUUUCAUAACCGUCUUCCACCAGGGAAAUCCGCAGGCAUCGUGACGACAGCUCGGGUAACUCACGCGUCUCCAGGGGCAGCUUACUCUCACUCAGCUGACAGAGACUGGGAGUCGGAUAGGUACAGUUUCCUUAUAAGAUUUUUUUUUUGCUUCCAGCGCUUCUGACAAGUUUCUUGAAUGAAUUGUGAACAUUCUACGAUAAAGACGACAUAGCCAAUAAAUUGUCCAAUGCACCGAGAGAAAUUACAUUUUGGGGAAACAUUUUUGAUUAGUGCAUAUUUUUUUUCUUUUUUGCAAUUUGUUUUCGUAUCUCUUAUUUGUGGCCCUAACUUGUAUCUCUUCAUUUGAGAAACUGUCGAAUGUACAUGUUCGCCUUGUACACACCAUUGUUGAGAUCACUGAUGCGAUUGAAAUGAACGCAAAUUGUUGACAGGCAUGAAACGUUAUUCUGAGAUUUUAUUGAACUUUGAACUCUUUUCUAUUUUUUUUUUUUAAAUUGUCUGUUCAGGAAUGACCAAUUCAUUGUCAGCUCAGGAAUGACAAACUGAUUGUUUGUUUAACUUCUUUUAAUUGAAGAAUGAAGCUUUUUUUAAAAGCCGAGAAGGUUAAUUUAAAAAACAAAAGAAAAAGGAGCACAACAUAGUUAUUAGAAAUGUCUUACAGAUAAUUAAUUGGAUGGUGAAAAGUUUCAGCUCUGUGGUUCAUCAGGAGAAUAACACACGAAGGGCUGAAACUAUUUGAAUCAGAACAGGUUUACCUGGGGUCAAGUUAACUUAGAUCAACUUAACUUAAAUUAAAAUGCUCUAUUAUCUAUUGAUAGCCUCAAAGCCCCCCCCCCCAAAAAAAAAAAACACACACUCUUUGUUUUAUAUUUAGCUAUUAUGUGACAUUAAACAUAUUUCUUUAAUUUAAUUUUCUCCCCAUCACACUGUUAGACCCCUUAAAUAUCCGAUGACCCCCAACCCCUUUGCAGCCUAAGGGGACGCAGGUCCCAAUCGACGGCUCUGCUGCGCCAUCUGAAAAAUCCGAACGCUAUGCAGCUUCAAAUGUCCUACCGAUUCAUGAAUACUAGAUUUUAAGUAACUUAACAAAUGGGACGAAAGGACUUUAAUAUAUUGUUUUUAAAAAUAACAAUAAUGUUAUUAAAAUUUGUUGGAUUUUUUAACCAAACAAAAUACAUCAGAUUCUUUUCUUUUUCUUUUUUUUUUUUUUAAAUAUACAUGCAGAAAUAUUCCCCAUGCAGAGAAGGACUGUGCAGACAUAGCGUUGCAGCUCAUCUCUGACAAUAACGACAUCAAUGUAAGCAAUAAGUGUCUACACGUAAUCAAAAAAUGUUUGUGAUGUCUUAAAACACCUGGAUAUCUCGAAGUUUCUAACAUCUAAAGCCGCCUACCCUCAUUUCAGUAAUGCGAUAUUGUUUGUCAGACGUGGUGAGAUGCCGGUAACUAUGAAGGAUGUUGUGAACUUUUUUUAGAUAGAAAUGUUCCUGGGAUUAGGUAAGGUAAGCGAAACGCUUUUUUUGACCUAAGGAAAAGUCUGGGAUUCGGUAUCCGGAUUUGUCCAAGGAAAGUGUUUGGGAUGUGAACAGGUUUAAUGGAAUGGCGCGUGUUGCUUGUGUUCCGUAGGGAAUUCCCGGAGACAAAACUUACACAUCAUUAAUCAGGAAAUUGACUCACCGCGAUGAGGCCCUGCGCGGGGGGGGGGCGUAUGGCGCUGCUAUUGAACGCCCCAUUCAGACAUGUCUGCUCGUCCAAAAGGCAUUUGACUCUGGAUGUCAAUUUUCCCAGGUUCUUACGUUAUCAGCUUGACACCCUUAUGAUUAUAAAUAACGCUUUAUGUGGCGUCUCUGUCAGUAAUUAUAUAAAACGCAAGAAAAUAUCAAUUUUAAAUGGAUACAUUAUAAAAAGCAACUAAAGUACGUAUUUAUUUAUCGCUUACUAUAAUUCUGUUUAAGAUAACUAAGUUAAAUGGAUAUCAAUCCACAAGUUUUUAAAAGUAUUCAGCUACAGAGAAUGGCGGUGGCUAAUGCUAUUUGGCGUUGAGCGUAUCCCGUCGUUAUCAGUGAGAUCAAUAGAAAAUAUUGAUCAUACAUUUCUUAUACACUACUAAAAAGGAGCUCUGACACAGACAUGGGACAAGCAAAUUAUAAACUAAACUAACCAUUGAAGAUUAAAUUAAUUUAAAGCAUAUCUUUGAAUGCUCAUAAAAACGCAGUGUUAGUGAAAUCACUUAACAAUGAAUGAGACACCAUUGACCAAGUCAGAUUCAUGGCUAAAAGUUUCUAUUAUGGCCCCCAGGUAGUUAUGGGGGGCGGAAGGGCGUACUUCUAUCCCGUCGACGCGCCAGACCCCGAACCAGACCCCACAUUCAACACAUCGAAAGUCUGCAGAGCUGACGGGCGCAAUCUCAUUCAGGUAUGAAGCAAGGGUCAUAUUGAAUAGCGAUCCUUAGCAUACAUUUAGCAUCGCUAUCAAACGAUUUAAUUCUCUCAACUCCCGGUAAGCACUGCGGCCAAGUUGUAUAAAUGUAAGAAAUGCAAUUUUCUGAAAAGAUUAAAUGCUGUAGAGUUCAUGAAAAAAUAUAUUUUGAUAAAUAUCCAAUGAUGGCAUUUAAGAGUAUUUAAUACCUAUGGGCCAGCAUCUAAUAAUUAAUUUUAAAGUUCAUUCUAGCACCAAUAAGUCAGCAUUCAAUGAUGAUACUUAAAAUUAUUUAAUACCUAUAGGCCGGCAUUAAAGAAGCCAAAAGCACAGCUUCAAGUGUGUAGACAUUCAUUGUUUCUUCUGUUAAUCGGCUAAGGUCUGACUUAGGUCUAUGAACAGUUGCUUAUUUGGGAUGACUUAAUAAAGAAUGUUUUGUAAAAAAAAACGUAUUGGUGUUGUCAAAAGUUUAUUUUGUUCCUGUCCUCAAGGAAUGGCAAGAUAUCAUGGCCAGCAAAAAAGCAAGGCACCGGUUUGUGCACAACAAGAAGGGAUUUGACUCGGUGGACUCAACGCGGACAGAUUAUCUCUUGGGUUAGUGUUGAAAUAGCCGGAAACUAAACGUAAAGUUCAUGUCACGUGAAGUUCAUGUCACGUAUGGGUCAUGUCAGGCUAUAAUAUUCCCUCUCAUCUAUUGCCCCUAUUUUCCCCAGGCCUUUUUACCCAAAGUCACAUGAGUUACGAGUUGGACAGAAAUAAGACAAAGGAGCCGUCCAUUGCGGACAUGACGGAAAAGGCCAUUCAGAUUCUCAAGAAAAACAGCAAGGGUUUUUUCCUGUUUGUUGAAGGUCGGUUGUGGUCUGGUUGAAAUGAAAGAUUUAACUUUACAAUACGGUUGGUGAACAAUAUUUUUUUUUAAAUUUCAAUAGUAGUGAGUUUCCUUUCUAUCUCUUAGGAAUAAAUGUGCCGGAGAUUGUCGUAUACCGUUGAUGUCUCUAAGUUGCCUUUAACGCACGAGUGACAUUUGACAGCGCUUAAAAAACAACAAAAAAAAACAAUGUCUUUCAAACGCAUUUUUUUAAAGAAUAUAUUAGCUAGAGAUGUCCCCUUGGUGUGUUCGGGCGUUGUUAGUUUUGGAGAUGAGCUGAAAUAGUAAACAUGAAGAAACGUUUGUGUGUACUUUCUGCAAUCGUCAUUGAGGAUUUUAAUGAAAAAGGGGGGAAUAAAUUAGUGACAAGUUUUGAUAACCGUUAUCAAACAGAGUGGUGGUUCUUUGCCACGGGGUUAUGAUUGAAAACGAAGAUUAAUUUGUAACUCAUUGUUGCCUGCGUGAAUUAACAUUAUAAAGACAUAAUUGUUUCAUUACAAAUUUCCUACUUAGCCGUUUAGUGUUUUUAUCUAUAUUAUUUUUGUAUUUUAUUUUAUUUUUUUCAUUUUUCAUUUUAAUUUUUUGCAACCGUUAAUUUUUCUAAAAGAUGUGGAACUAGAGUGGAAAAUAUAAUAAAGUUAGCUAAUUUUAGAUGUUUAUAGUGUGACAAUGAAUUUAGACAUUUUUUAUUCCAUUUUAUGUCUAACUGAAUAUUGAGUAGCAAUACUGUCCAAUAGAACAAAUACAAAUACUUGUUUCCUUUUCAUUGAACUGCUAAACAACUGAAAGGAAGGAUCGUAAAUUAGUAUUAUUAUUGUGUUUUUUUAUAUUUUUUAUUGAAAGGAGAAAUAAACUUUAAAAAGAAUUAAAACAGAUUUUGGAAAUUUUGAGUGACGUCACUUAUCUCUAUCUAAAAUUGUUUUAUGAGAACUAUUUUUAAACAAUCCAUUUAGCACGACUAAACUUACGUUUAUUUACGAGUAAAAUUUAAAUACCAAUUUGGCUCUUUCAGUUCAGAAAGCGGGCCUGGUUGGGGCGUGGGUGGAGGGGGGCCCAUAACAUCGAGUAAACAGGAAAUAUGUAAAAGUGGGGGGUAGGGGUGGUAACUCUGGUAAGUUUUAUACUGCUUUUAAAACAUUUUUUUUUUGUUGCAGGUGGUCGUAUUGACCAUGGACACCAUGACACCCGGCCGGCCCACGCCCUGCACGAGGUGGUGGCCAUGGCCCAGGCCGUAGAAGUGGCCACAAAACUCACCGAUCCGUUCGACACACUAAUAGUGGUCUCCGCUGACCAUUCUCACGUCAUGAAUCUGGCCGGGUACGCCACGAGAGGAAACCCUAUCCUAGGUGAGGUGGAAGUUAACAACGGUUCGCCUAAAACUUCUAUUUAAACAUCAUAAUCGCAGCACAAAUUAUUAAAUGAUGGAAAAACUGCAGCGAACAUCAUGAACACCAUCGUUCAUCAUCAUUUUCGUGGGCAUCAGAAUUAAACCUUUUUCAAAAUUAUAAAUAUAUAAGACUAUACCCCACAAAUUAAGGAAGUUGGAACACAACGUGAUAAAUAAUUAAAGUAGUGAUGCUAAACAGGGACGCAAUCACAUAUUUUUGAAAUGCAACUUUUUUCCAAAUGUUAUCUCUCUUUCUAACAAAAAAAAUAAAUUUCAAAAAUUAUUUUUAAGGGAACAUAACUACAUAUUCUGAAAAUACUACAUUGUCGAAUCAUUUAGCGUUAGUUCUAGACAGACAUACCACGAGAAUUAUUAUUUUUAUUUUUUGUGUGGAUAAUGUUGAUUGAUCCACUGGGUGCCAAAAAGAAACAAUCAUUAAUGGAUAUAUUGUUUCAAACGAUGGUCUUCAUAGCUAAAAUACAUUCUGCAGCUUCAGGAAAUAGACAUUUUACAAUGACUAACUCACAGGUCUCAGUGAUAACGAUGAUAAAGUCCCAAGCCUGGCGGCCUCAGACAAGAAGCCGUACACCACCCUACUGUACGGUAACGGACCAGGAUACCGUGAACCCAGGCCGAACAUAACAGGAGUAGACACGGGUCAGUUGAGUUUCUUUAUCAUCUGUCCAACCAACUGAUCCAUCGAUCAAUCCAUCUAUCCAUUCUUCCAAACUUACACAUUUUACUGGACGGUCUCCAAACAUUUCAUAGAAACUAUUCCUUCUAAAUCUGUCAAUUUGUUUGUGAGGCAAAUUUCUCCAUAUGUAUCAUUUAGUAUCCUUGUUUACUUAUCUCUUCUUAUCAUCCAACGUUUCCCCUUUCCAAAUGCAAAGAAAUAGCUACCCGGUGAGCGUAACAUUAUUUUUUUUAUAACAAGUCCAUAAUUUUCUGACUACACUUCUUAUUGUCGAAUACUUGGGUCGACAAACUAUAGGUAAAAGUGUGCCACAGUAAGAUUUCUAAUUCAUUCAGCCAAUAUUAUAUCAGUCUCCCUUGUGAUCAGCCAACAUUCUAUCAAUCUCCCUUGUGAUCAGCAAACAUUCUAUCAGUCUCUCUUGAGAUCAGCCAACAUUCUAUCAGUCUCCUUUGAGAUCAGCCAACAUUCUAUCAGUCUCCCUUGUGACCAGUCAACAUUGUAUCAAGCUCCCUUGUGAUUAGUCAACAUUUUAUUAGUCUCCCUUGUGAUCAGCCAUUAUUCUACCAGUCUCCCUUGUGAUCAGCCAUUAUUCUACCAGUCUCCCUUGUGAUCAGCCAUUAUUCUACCAGUCUCCCUUGUGAUCAGCCAUUAUUCUACCAGUCUCCCUUGUGAUCAGCCAUUAUUCUACCAGUCUCCCUUGUGAUCAGCCAUUAUUCUACCAGUCUCCCUUGUGAUCAGCCAUUAUUCUACCAGUCUCCCUUGUGAUCAGCCAUUAUUCUACCAGUCUCCCUUGUGAUCAGCCAUUAUUCUACCAGUCUCCCUUGUGAUCAGCCAUUAUUCUACCAGUCUCCCUUGUGAUCAGCCAUUAUUCUACCAGUCUCCCUUGUGAUCAGCCAUUAUUCUACCAGUCUCCCUUGUGAUCAGCCAUUAUUCUACCAGUCUCCCUUGUGAUCAGCCAUUAUUCUACCAGUCUCCCUUGUGAUCAGCCAUUAUUCUACCAGUCUCCCUUGUGAUCAGCCAUUAUUCUACCAGUCUCCCUUGUGAUCAGCCAUUAUUCUACCAGUCUCCCUUGUGAUCAGCCAUUAUUCUACCAGUCUCCCUUGUGAUCAGCCAUUAUUCUACCAGUCUCCCUUGUGAUCAGCCAUUAUUCUACCAGUCUCCCUUGUGAUCAGCCAUUAUUCUACCAGUCUCCCUUGUGAUCAGCCAUUAUUCUACCAGUCUCCCUUGUGAUCAGCCAUUAUUCUACCAGUCUCCCUUGUGAUCAGCCAUUAUUCUACCAGUCUCCCUUGUGAUCAGCCAUUAUUCUACCAGUCUCCCUUGUGAUCAGCCAUUAUUCUACCAGUCUCCCUUGUGAUCAGCCAUUAUUCUACCAGUCUCCCUUGUGAUCAGCCAUUAUUCUACCAGUCUCCCUUGUGAUCAGCCAUUAUUCUACCAGUCUCCCUUGUGAUCAGCCAUUAUUCUACCAGUCUCCCUUGUGAUCAGCCAUUAUUCUACCAGUCUCCCUUGUGAUCAGCCAUUAUUCUACCAGUCUCCCUUGUGAUCAGCCAUUAUUCUACCAGUCUCCCUUGUGAUCAGCCAUUAUUCUACCAGUCUCCCUUGUGAUCAGCCAUUAUUCUACCAGUCUCCCUUGUGAUCAGCCAUUAUUCUACCAGUCUCCCUUGUGAUCAGCCAUUAUUCUACCAGUCUCCCUUGUGAUCAGCCAUUAUUCUACCAGUCUCUCUAUUUUGCGGAGUGCACUGUUUUAUUGUCCUUCAUUAUUAAUUUUUGGCCCCAAGCGUGCCAUUGAAAUCUAAAUACGUGUCUCGUCUGGCACGCAUACCAUACGUUUCUCAUCCUGUUCUAAUUCACUCUAAUACAUACGUUUUACUAUAUCCAAUUAACCCUUGUCUUCCCAUAAUGGUUGUUAUUGUAUUUUGUGUGUUGUUCUUUUGGCAUGCUAUCUGUUUUCCUCUACUUGUGUAAUGUAUGUCGCUGAUCCGCAUUUGAUUGGUUUCUUUCAUCCAAUAAUUCUUCUACACGUACCUCGUCGCCAUCACACCGAAUUGAUCGCGAGUGCUUCCCCAUUAACAAUGUCAACUUUUUAUACAGAAGCCUGUAAUCUAUCAGGCAGUACAUUGAAUCAAACAUAUGUACAAAGCGGCUCGAUAUAACAGGGAGAAUAAUGUAAAACCACCUACUACAAGGUUCUCUAAACAAAAAAAUGAACAUAAGCCAAAGGCAUUCUACACACUAUGUUAUGUGUAUUAUAUAUAUAUAUAUAUUAUAUAUAUAUAUAUAUAUAUAUAUAUAUAUGUAUGUAGCCAUGUGGUGGUGGUUGCUAAUACAGUUUAAAAUAAACACAAUAAACUGCAGGUCUGAGAACUAUAGCUUCUUUAUCAAUUAGGCACAAACCGUUUUACUGACCGUCUCAUCAACUGUUUUCACACCCUACUGAACACUCGUCCACAGCUCAGAACUCACACACACCGGGGUUACGGUCCACCUCCCUGAUGUAGGUCACGAUCACGUCCCCAACCUGAGCUGUUUUCCCAGUCCCUCGUGGGACAGGUUCCCCGUGGGACAGUUUCCCCCGUGGCACAGGUUCCCCUUGGGACAGGUUCCCCUUGGGACAGGUUCCCCCGUGGGACAUGUCGGCCCCAGUUCAGUGACUGAACAUGGAAAAGAAAACCCCAUAGGUGGCAGCCUACAAAUGUAGGCGGCACCCAGCCACAUACAACAAAACAACAAGUGGCACAUUACCACACGUAAUAAACUUAAAGGCGGUAUAAAGCGUUAAUGUACUAAACUAACUCUCAAACCCACCAAACACAUUCUACACACUACGUCAUAAAUAAGCAUCGAGGCACCGCAAGGCUGCGUUCUCUCCCCUGUACUGUAGACAAUAUCUCCCAAUGAUAUUCAGAGCUUAAGGGACGCCGUUCCAAUCUUAAAAUUUGCUGAUGAUACCACCAAUAUCUGAAGAAGGCCUAUACCGCAAUUUAGUUACAAGAUUUAUCAAUUGGUGCAAUGAAAAUUUUAUCCAGGUGAAUAUCUCCAAAAAACAAAGGAAAUGGGUGUUGAUUUCAGGAGGGGAACACCAGAUUACAGAUAUCAACAUAAAAAAAUCAAAAUGUAGAUAAAUUGGAGGCAUAUAAGUACUUAGGUGUCACCGUUAAUAAUAAGCUAACAUGGCAUGAGCACGGCCAAGUGCUGUAUAAGAAAUUCCAUCAAAGACUGCUCUAUCUCAAAAAACUGUACAAUUUCGGCGUAAGCAAACAAGUCGUUAACUUAUUCUACAGUGCAACAAUUGGAAGCCUACUUAAUUUCAGUAUUACGUGCUGGUGUGGGAAUUCAACGUCUUAUAUUAAAUACCGCAUAAACGAACUAAUCAAGAAACCUAGAAACAUAACACAAACUAAACAUCCUUCACUUGAAGAACUAUUUGAAGAAAGAUGUUUUUUUUAAACUAAACACAUUUUGGAUGAUACAUCCCACCCUCUUCAUCCUAGAUACUUAGGAUCGGGCCGUUCGGGGCGAAUUCUUUCCAUCAGGGCGAGGACUGACAGAUGUCAAAAUUCUGUUGUUCCCCAAACCGUACGAAUGUACCGGCGUGCUUCCUCUGAAGUCACACAUCUGAAUGAGAACUAAUAAGUCCCCGAUUUUGCUAAGAGAACUCACUGAAUGGCUGUUUGAAAUAAUUUAUUAUGAAUGUCUUGUGUUCAAAUUGUUUCAUUUAUGUGUUGAAAAUAUAUAUAUAAUGCAAUCAAAAAACAUUUCCAUUUAUUUGGAUCAAUAAAAGAAUCUUAUCUUAUCUUAUCUUACAAUUACAAUUAAAAAUUAUAUAUACAACAGAAUGAAAUGCGUGAAAAGCGUUCAUUAACUAAACGAACUCUCAAACACACCGUGCACAAUUCAACAUAAUAUCCGGUGCGCAUCAAUUACCCGUGAAUACCCAUACUCGACCGUGUGAAUGUUAUACAUGUAUUUCUGUGUUGUUUGUAAUGCUCGUGUUACAUCAUAUGCUUAUCUAACGUUCAGAGAGUAAAAACUACGUGAGCCAAUCAGCAGUGCCCUUCAAGUCUGAGACUCAUGGUGGAGAAGAUGUUGGGAUAUUCGCACAAGGUAAUUAUUCGAAAGGUGGUCGGAGUGUUUGAGUAAAAAUUUAAGACGCUAACCGGAUGCUCCGAAGCGAAAAAAGUGGGGAAGGGUCUUUUAUAAAGUCAAUUUUUUUUUUUUCAUCAUUCUACACUUAAUCGGAGAACAGCAGAAAAAUAGCUAGUGGAAACAAAGGCCCCCAUUGACAUGGUUGUAUGCCGACAUCUAUCUUAUUUAUGGUAGUUACUCAAUAGUAAUGUUGUUUUAUACUUUUGAUUAUAACAGUGGUUCUCAACCUUCCUAAUGUCGCCACCCUUAAAUACAGCUCCUUAUGUUGUGGCGACGCUCCCCCAGCCACAAAAUUAUGUUCGUUGUUACUUCAUAACUGUAGAGCAUAUGUGUUAUCAGAUGGUCUUAGGGACCCUUGGGAAAGGGUGGUUCGUCCCACCAAAGGGGCCCCAACCCACAGGUUGAGAACCGCUGGAUUAUAAGAUUUAAACCGGCGCGUACCUUAAGUUAAAAAUGUAAAAAUUGAAUAAGAAAUCAUUUUUGUAUAAAUGUGGCAGGCCGCAGAUUUAACGAGCAGGGUCUCGUGUGGGCCACGCGGUGGGGCCACCCCUGGCUUUUAAAAAAAGUGCUCAAGAAAUCAACCGCCAGCUUACUUCUUUGUCCGCAGGUCCGCAGUCGUUUCUGUACUCUGGUGUUCACGAGCAGAACUACAUCCCCAUGGUGAUGGCGUAUGCAUCGUGUGUCGGGCCGUACGCCGAGGGGAAGAAACCGUGCGCUAAGCAUGAGAGUGGAUCUACGGGACAGGUGAUUCGGUUUUUUGAUAUAAUCAGCCUCCUUUUUAGAAAGACCUUUUUUUUUAAAAAAAAAAUGUCGACCGUUUUUAUUCUCACUCCCCAUGGUGACAUUGGGAAAAGGGGGGGGGGGCGCAUGCGCACGAAAUGUCGUUAUAAUAAUAAACAGAAAUUAACAUUAAAAGUCCUCAAAGUGGUGUCACUAUGAAGACAUUUAAGACAUUUUAUAUUCACCAUUUAUAAAAUAUGUAUUUUUCUUUACAUAAUAAUAAGUUCUCAAUUUAUAAAGCUCCUUUAUGGGGCAGCUAAUGCGUCAAGAACACGUCAAGUCAAUUUGACUUUUCUAAGAAAAAUAAUUUUAACUCUAUUGAAUGUUGAGAAAUUAGAUAUUAAAGCUAGAAUCAAAUGUGAUGCAUUGUUUGACUGUAGGACGAAUAAUUUGUUAACCUUAGAAGGGGGGUGGGUGUGGGCGAACCGAAAUAAAGUGGUUAGGGGGGGGGGGGGGGGGGGUCCGGAAAAGGGGGUGAAAAAAUAAAAUCUUUUUUUUUUGUUGGUGGGGUGGGGGGAGGUAUAAGGACAACUAUUUAUACAGCGUUUCUUGUCACCGCCCCAAUUGUAUCCCAACAUUGCUGUCUGACGUCCUGUUUUAUGGAGAAAGGCACCAACAAAUGUUGUGGUUACUGGUAGCUCGAGAAAAAAAGGGCGUGUCAGAUCAAGACUUGUCAUGUAAGCGUCACUCCCCACCCCCCCCCACCCCCGGGUCACCUAUUGUUUUAACUUGUGCUCAAAGAACUAACGCUGUGACGGCUUACACAAUGGAACACGAGGAUGAUGUCAACAAGUUGAAGUUCUCUGAAACAACUUUAAAUAUAUAUAUAUAUCUUCUUCUUCUAUAUCUUAUAUAUAUAUAUAUAUAUAUAUAUAUAUAUAUAUAUAUAUAUUUUCUGUUUGUUCCAAAAUAUAUAAUAAAACACUCGUUUUAUCUUAUAUAUAUAUAUAUAUAUUUUUUUUUUAUAUCUUAUAUAUAUAUAUAUAUAUAUAUAUAUAUAUAUAUAUAUAUAUAUAUUUGCUAAGUGUUCCACCAGAAGUAUUACAACACUCGGGUAAUCCCUCUACGAAAUCUGCCAUAGUGGGCGUCUUGGCCUUGCAGCUCUCUCAUUUGUUCUACUAGGAUGGAUGGAUGUAAUAGCUAUAAUAACAAAAAAUUUACCCGACCACUGGCUUAGAGUAUGUCUAAAUGUCUUUAAUUUCAAAGUCACACCAAUGAAUUAUGGGAACAUGCCUAACAUGGCGUUGUAACGGAAACUGUAGGGGAAAAAAAAGGUGGAUGUGGGGUGUGUGUGUGUGUUUUUUUUCUGUCUCAGUGGGUUUAAAAAAUGCCACAAGAGAAUGCCAAUGCCCACCGAUUCCCGUUAGAUUAGCAUAUCGGUGGGCCGCCUCUGCCUGUCUUGUUUCUUUACAUUAUUUGAAUGCAUAAAACUGCCUGCCUCUUUUACUCAAUUGCCCCCUCACCCCCCCCCCCCCCCGAAAAAAAAAUAUUUUAAAAAUACCGACCCUUUGCCGUCUUGCGUAGCAGCAUCCUUCUCUGUUGCUAUCAGUUACAAAUUAUUUCCUGUUCAUGUUCUCUCAUCUCUAGCGUAAGAGUGUGCUAGAUUCCUUACGAACUAUAGUGAAUUGUUUCAGUUUUCUGAAUUAUACCAGCGUUCCUCAUUAUUGUUUCAGGGUCAAGGCUCUAGCUCAAGGGCAGCGGCGCUGUCGACAGCUGGGAUCGUUCUUACUUGCUGGUCGUUGGGUUACGUCAUCUCCAAGAGUUGUCUGUGAAGAGGACGACUAAUCGUUGUGUUUUUAAAUAUUAAUUAUGAUGAGGUUACUUCAUGCCCCUUUACCCAAGUGUAUAUUUUCUCCGUUAUGCUAAUACUUAAAUAUAGUCCUUGAAAUUAAACGCCACCUUACUUAUUAAAUGCCACCUUACUUAUUAAAUGCCACCUUACUUAUUAAAUGCCAACUUAGUUAUUAAAUGCCACCUUACUUAUUAAAUGCCACCUUACUUAUUAAAUGCCAACUUAGUUAUUAAAUGCCACCUUACUUAUUAAAUGCCACCUUACUUAUUAAAUGCCAACUUAGUUAUUAAACGCCAUCUUACUUAUUAUAUCCACCUUAUUAAUUAUAUUCCACCUUCUUAUUAAACGCCACCUUACUAUAUCUACCUUGUUAAUUAUAUGCCACCUUACUUACUAUAUGCCACCUUACUUAUUAUAUGCCACCUUACUUACUAUAUGCCACCUUACUUAUUAUAUACCACCUUACUUAUUAUAUGCCACUUAUAUAUUUCCCAGCGUUUCCUGGCCGUUCACUUUUGCUCAGUGGCUAACUUUUUGUUUUAAAUUAUUUUUUUACUUUGUAAUUAAUUUUGUUUUCCUGUGAGAUUGAAUGCAAUAAUUACCUCAUUUCACAAUUCAAAUACCCCCCAACUCCAGCUUACUGACAACUUCAUGGACAAGUUUGUUUUAAAAGUGUUAUAUUUAUAUUGUAGAAAAUUACAUACACAUAUUUUGUUAAAACUGAAAUCUUGAUUGCCAGAGUUAUGAACACUUGUCAGUAAACCCAAAAUAUGAAUGAAUGCUCAGUCUUCCUGGGUGUUACAAAUGGACCAAACCUUGACAAAGUCAGACAGUGUUUCAAAACUUUUAUAUGUUAUGUAUUUCAAAAAUUGUAAAUUGCAUCGAUUUUGGACAUGAUCUGCUGGUAUUAUGUUAUUGUCAUUUUUAAAUU